AAGUUAACGUAUCUUUGUAAGCUAGCUUAAAACUGUUCGGGUUGCACCGGCCUGGCACCGCUUGCAAGAGAUCUUUGGAGGACCGCUCAUCAUCCAGGAGCAAUGGCCAGCUUUUAAAAUUGCAUGAACGGCCUUUGGAUUUAGUGGUACUACUACGAUACUGUUGUCUCUACUCGGUCCACUUGAGUUGUGUUGCUGUAUUGUGGAUUAGGGUGUUGAGGCAGAAGAAGUUGGUUAAUGGAGAAAGUGAUCUGAGAAGCAAGUGCAGUAAAAAGGAUACUCUUUUGGGAUACUCUCAACAAUGACCGACAAUAAUAAUAAGAACCUGGCCAAUGGCAGCGGCAACCAUGCUACCAAUCAAGAUAAGGAGGAGAUGAUUGUGGCGAUGCCAACUUCUGGUCUGGAAUCCAAGUUAAAGACUCUUCGAGAAAAGUCCAACCAACACAGCCAAAUCUUGACGCAAAAGCUGGCGUCUUCCCAAUCCGGCCAAAAUCUCCUCCACAUUGGCACCAGUUUGUCGUCGCUGCCACCAGAUUUGCACUCUCUAUUGACGCAGCUUCAUCCCGUCUUGUCGGCAGCGGAAACCACAGAGCAACAACAGAUUCAAAAAUUACAGGCACUAGUGCAACAUGCCAAUGAAAUUAGAGCCGAACAAAGACGCAUGGUGAAUGCUGCCGAUUGCGCUGAAUUGUACCAAGAUUUGUUGGCUGCCGAACGAGACGUCAAACGAGAUGCCAACAUACGAAGAAAUGCUGGUAAUAACAAAACUGCUAGAUUUUCCGUAACAUUCGCCGCGGCCAAAGACGACGAGGAUGGAGCGACUCAGGAGGACAGUAAGAGUAUCUUUGGAGGAGUUUUAGACGAGCUAGAUCAUGUCAUGUCUCUGGAGCGAGCAGCUCAUACAACACUCUGUCUCGUCAAAGAUUUGCAAUCGAGCAAUGCGCAAGUUACGGCAAUGACAACCGCAAAGGCAACGGGAACCAAUACGGCGAACAACCCCGACUCGAAAGGAGCUUCGGCCACCAGUGGCGCACUCCCAUCCUUGCGAGCUCCUUUGGAAGACGACACCGAACGGGCGCAACUGCUCCUCAAAUUAGCACCUCGCAUUCGUCGACUAGAGGCGGAUUCCAUCACCUCGUUGAGCCAUCGCAUGGAAAAUGUCCUCAAUCGGUUCCAAAUUCUGCGAGAACGAGACCCACAGGAUGGACCCGUAGAAGGAGAAUCUCGCACCGAAUCGGAACUGCUCAUCAUGCUCGGCCAUUCCAUGCGAGGACUGGCACUGCUAGGGCGGGGAAAAGAGGUGGAAAGCGUGUUUGCACGGGUUGCCAUUAUGCCUCUGAUUCGAUCCAAGGUUUCCAUGGGAAGAUUAGAUGAAGGAGGUUCCCGUGGUGAAUGCGCGGGUCUAUUUUCUUUGAUGGACGACAUUGCCACGUCAAUCACCAAAGCGUUCGGUCCUGUCCUACGAUUGGUCGAGUCCAUGUUUCAUGCCGAAUCGAUGCCAGGGACCACCGAGGCCGCGGCCAAUUCAAUGAUGGGAGUAGAUCUCGUCACUGCUGGGGUAUGGGUCCCCAUUGCAACUGCCUUGAUGGCUGAUGCUGGUAUUAAGAUGGCGAUUUUCUCUCCCGGCAUUGCCAGUAUUCUGCAGGCAAAUUAUCUUGCUCUGGACACUUUCUUGGCAGAGCUGGCAGAACGAUUACUGGUAGCUGUCGAAGCCAGUAACGGCGGAACUGAAGGUCGCGCAGAUGCGUGCAUCUCGCUGAACAUGAAUGUCAUUCUGGAAAAGAGUGCCAUCCAAGCGGCACAGGAUCGCAUCUACUUGCAUCCCAAAACUGCAGAAUUUUCCAAAAAGUGGAAUCUCCCCAUCUACUACCAGCUGCGCUUUGGAGAAUCCUGCAAUCGAUUGAACAAGGCCGUGACGACGACUCAACGCGAAGGAUGGAUUGCAGAUGUAUUCGCGGGCCCUCCAGAGGAUCUGGAAAAACUAAAGAACCAGGCCGGUUUUGAGCUUCCACUGUUCUUGGAGCUAUACGACAUUUUACUUGGUCUCUGGAGACCCGACGUCAUUUUGCGUCCUUUGACCCAUCGAUUCCUCAGAGGUGCGAUUCAGCUUGUCGGCCGCACUAUUUCGUUCAUUAGCGAGGGCAUGGAGGGAAAGAUCAAAUUCGGCGAAAUCCCGCCCGAGGAAACCAACAAUGGAACCAAAGAAAACGGACAAGGGGCAGAUUCCGAUGCUGCUCCCGUGGAAAGACCCUUGGCACGAAAGCCAUAUAGCUGGGGCGAAAGCGAAGGGGAUGUUGGAGCUGUCGCGUGGGAGUUAACCAUCCUGGAAUCCACAAUAGCUCACGAGUACGUUGACACAGUUGUGGGAGCACUGAGCAGUCGAGACACCAGUGAGACCGAGCAAUCGGAACUAAGGAAUUUGGCCGCUGAAGUGCUCAAAGAAACAUCAGAACAGAUCAAUCCACUAAUCGACAGCGCAUGGAACACUUACAUUGUGAACAUUCUCACAUCGAAGUGCUCCAACCCACUCGCCGCUGUCAAGGGCGUUGCCGCCACGUAUCGUAUGACGAACCGGCCUCCGCCGACAAUGGCAUCUCCUUUUGUUGGAACCAUUCUUCGUCCCUUGAAGGAGUUCCAGAACGAGUUUGAAAGUCGAACCCCAGAUCGCGUUGGGUCAAAAUGGAGGGAGCAAAUCAUAAUGACUGUCGCGGAUCGAUACAGCGUUGCCGUCGAUGAGCUCAUCCAGACUGUAGCACGUACAGAAGUUGCGCUCAAGAAUAGGAAGGCGAAACGUGCCGCCGUUGGAGGAAUGAGUGACGGAGAGAAAGUGAAGCUCCAGCUGUUCCUCGAUUACAAGGCGUUCACGGAGCAUGUGAGAGAAGUCGGAGUUGAUCCCACCAUCGUGAAGGGUGUUGACAAGUUGAAGCAGCUGACAGUCGAGGCUGAGGCACUGCUAGAGAGGCAACGAAACGGCGGCAAAUAAAUUGCUCCAGUAGAGCGUAACAAUUAGGUCAAUAUAACCUAUAGCAAAAUGAC